GCUCAGCCGCGCAUGCGCCUCGCAGCAAAUCACGGGCGUCAAAGCUCCCAGCGACGGCUGCAGAUUUUACGGGUCGGAGAGAUUCACGCGGUCCAACAUGAACGGAAGAAAGGGAUGGAGACGCAGGAAGGAGAAACCUGACUUUUUAAAAUUUAAAUUCGGGUUUUAAUAAACCUUUUUAGCGGAUACAACCUGUCACUCGGAGCUGUACUUCUGUGACGACCUGGUGAAUGUCGGGAUGGAGUAAAAAAAAAAAAACCGUCGCAGGAUGCGCAUCCACAGCCCGACAAGGAAGAGGGCAGACAUUUCUCCUCUUGGAUUGAUCGCUUCCUCCUCCAUCCUGCCGCCGGUGUAGAAUGGAGAGCUCCAAUGGUUCCGAGUCCAAACCGCAGCUGGAGAAGAAGCGGCUGAACCGAGCGCCUUCCCCGGCCAGACCUUUCCUCAAGGAUGCGCACUCCCGCUCCAACAAACCACCUGCCAUCGGACCCAAGUCCCCCAAACUCGGCAAGCGGCCGCAGCCCGCACCCUCAGCGCACCCGAACCGCUCCAGGCGCAGCGCAUCCGGGGCCAAAGAGAAACCAGUCCCGGUGAAAGGUGCCCCCAAGUCCGCCGUCCCCAAGAAGCCCACUAAGGCGCCCCAGCAUGGCAUCAAACCGGACAGCACCAGCAGCCCGGUUCUUACCAAAACCAAGAAGGGCAAACCCGCGUCCUCGGGCCCUGUCAGCCAGGAGUCCCCGAUCCGGGUUCCGACCGGAGCGCGUCUGGGUCAGACUGACAGCAGCUCGGACCUGUCGGACUGCCCGUCCGAGCCGCUGUCCGACGAGCACAAGCCUGCUCCAGUCGCCAGCAGCGACGCAGAGUCCGGUACCGGCUCCAGCGACCGGGGCCAGUCUCAGCCCGGUCCGGGACAGAAACCCAAACCCUCCAAAGAGUCCGGGACCAAGGCUGUGACCGAGGAGGAUCUGCUGAGGGAGAUCGAAGAUCUGAAGUCUGAGAACGACUACCUCAAGGAUGAAGUGGACGAGCUGCGGGCCGAGAUGGAGGAGGUGCGAGACAGCUACCUGGACGAGGAGGUCUACCAGCUGCAAGAGCUGCGGAGGGAACUGGACCGGGCCAACAAGAACUGCCGCAUCUUGCAGUACCGCCUGAGAAAGUCCGAGCAGAAGAGCCUGCGGGUCGCUCAGACGGGCCACGUGGACGGGGAGCUGCUGCGCAGCCUGGAGCAGGAUCUGAAGGUUGCGAAGGACGUGUCGGUGCGUUUGCACAACGAGCUGGAGAGCACCGAGGACAAACGCAGCCGAGCGGAGGACGAGAACGAGACGCUCCGGCAGAAGAUCAUCGAGGUGGAGAUUUCCAAGCAGGCGCUGCACAACGAGCUGGAGAGGCUCAAAGAGACGGCACUGAAGAGACGAGGAAGCAGAGAAGUCUUUAAAGACAAGAAAUCCUCAAGUCAGGAGGACAGUGCAGACCUCCGGUGCCAGCUCCAGUUUUCUAAAGAGGAGUCGGGUCUGAUGAGGAAGAAGAUGGCAAAGCUGGGUCGGGAGAAGGACGAACUUGAGCAGGAGCUACAGAAGUACAAGUCCAUUCACGGGGACAUCGACAGCCCCCUUCCUCUGGUGGAGUGCUCCGGUGGGGGCCCUCAUACCACACGCGAGGCUGAGCUGCGGCUUCGCCUGAAGCUGGUGGAGGAGGAGGCCAACAUUCUUGGAAGAAAGAUCGUGGAGCUGGAAGUGGAGAACCGCAGCUUACGAGCUGAAAACGAAGAUAUUCGCAGUCAGUAUGAAAAAGACUGUUUUGGGCGGGAGCCUUUCUCCAGCAUGCCCUCGUCGCCGUACGGCGGCGAUCCGCUGGAGUCGGCCAACGAGCUGCGGCGCCACCUCCAGUUCGUUGAAGAGGAGGCAGAGCUGCUGCGCCGAUCCAUCUCAGAGAUCGAGGACCACAACAGGCAGCUAACGUCUGAACUCAAUCGCUUUAAGUUUGGCCCCAGCAGCUGCAGCUCUGUUCCUGCUGGUGAGGAGGCCACUGAUGGGAUGUUGUUUAAACCUGGCAACGGGGGGAGCGGUAAUGGCUCCGGUAGUGGGAUAUUGAUGGAAGAGCUGAAGUCGGCCCGGAUGCAGAUCAAUGAGCUGAGUGGAAAAGUAAUGAAGCUGCAGUACGAGAACCGGGUCCUCGUGUCCAACGUUCAGCGCAACGAUCUGGCCGCGCACCUCGGCCUUCGCACCGGCAGCCCUCGAGACAGUGACGCAGAGAGCGAAGUGGGCCGGAGAGAAGCCGCCGAGGAGGAGGAGGCAGGGCGACUUCUUAUUCUACAGCCAAAACGGGAGGGCCCCAUCGGUGGGGAGAGUGACUCCGAAGACCUGUUUGAGAAAACAGGAACCACCUCAGGGUUAGGAAGCAUCAAACCCAUGGAUGGAAGCGACCUCAGUGCCACUGAAGUAGCCAAUCGCAGGAGGGAAGAGCGGGAGUCGUUCGCUAACGUGAAGCGAGAGGCCGACAGGCUCGGGAAGUCAGUGGACCGUCUGAUCACAGACACGGACAGCCUGAUCUUUGAGGGUCAGCUGCUGGUGACGACAGGGGAGAGUCUGGAAAGUGGGGCGACGUCUGGACCCAAACCAGAUACUCAGGUUCUGGACACCAUCAACACUCGCAUGAAAGCCUUCCGGACCGAGCUGCACAUUUUCAUGGAAAAACUGGACCACGUAGGAGACGGGCUCAGAGAAAGGACAGACGAUCUUUCACCCAUGCCGAACCUCACAGAGUCCAGCAGCUUCUUGUCUACAGUCACCUCCAUGUCCCGCGACUCCCCUAUCGGCACCUUCGGAAGAGAUCUGAUCACAGACUUCCAGUCCAUUCAGAGGGAUGAGCUGGAGUGGCGACUAGGACAGGAGCGAGGUGUGGAGCUCCAGAGCCAGACCCAUGGUGGGGGCCAGGCCCAGAGCAGGGGAGCCACGGGACUCACUGUGUACCACAGGCCCCUGGCUUUAAGAAUAGAGCACCGAGACCCGGCUGGUUCUGAUGUGCAGUUCUGUCUGGAUCAUGAGCGAAGCAGCAGAGCGGCCGCAGACGAGCGGGAGGCCGUCAUCACUUUACCUCAGCAGGAGGACCAGCGUUUGCAUCUGGAGGCGCAGCACGAAGGUCUGGAGCUCCAGGGCCUUCAGAGUCAUGAGGUCCUCUGGUCUCAGGAGAGGGCUGUGCUGCAACAAGAGGUGCGCCUGUUCAGACGGAACACCAUCAUCUUCUACAUGAAGCUCAGGGGGAUCCUUCUGCGCUGGAGGCUCGGCCGCAGGGACGAUUCAGGAGACGAGACCUUUCCUCCGGAGUUGGAGGGCUUUCCUGAGCUGGGAACGACGGCGGAGCAGACGGAGGUGGAGUCUGAGCGAGACGACCGGCUGCGUUUACCACAAACUGCAGCGGACGCCCCUGAAAUCGGACCCAACGUGCCCCCGCUGUCCCCCGAUCGACCCCUGCAGCAUCAGAGACAGUUCGGCGAGAAUCGGCGGGUGCUGCAGGCCCUGCGGACGCUGCUGGAGGAGUUUCGGGAGGAGCUGCGGGAGGAGGAGACGAGGCGAUGCCAACUGCAGCAGGCGUACGCCAGCGACAACGCUGCCUGGGAGGUCAAGUGGGCAGAGAUGAAGUGCCAGGUCGCUCAGUUGCAGAAAGAGCUGAACGCCAGGAGGGGUGACGAUGUCAGAGACCCGGCCCACAGAGGGGUCUUCUCACCCCAGGAUGGUCCAUGUAACGCGCCUCACCCCCUGUCUAUGUCCAACCCUGCACCCCACACUCGCUCCCACUCAGACUCUGAGGCCUUGUUGGAGGAUCAGGGGGCUACAGCAAGGCUGAAAGGUCCGACAGAGAACUUGUUCCUGGACGCCCUGUCUCUGGACCCCCUCGGGGGUCUGGAGGUCUCACCACCCUCUAAACUAGACAGUGAGAAGAGGUUCCCCUGCAUGACGGAGGCUCUGAAUGAGAUCUCCGAGAGUGAAGGCACUCCUGUUUACCCAGAGGAGGAGAUGAGGGAAGCUGGGAGUCUCCUCAGAGCCAAGUCCAUUUGCUCCAUGAGCGACUUCCAGCGCCUGAUGGACAGCUCGCCGUUCCUCCCCGACAAGACGCGCCUCGGCGAUCACGGCCGGGACGACAUCACCCCGCCUCUGUCUCCGGACGACCUCAAGUACAUCGAGGAGUUCAACAACGAGGGCUGGGACUUCCCACCGUCCGCCUCUGGACCUCGUCCGCUCCGGGAAGGGGAACCCAGCCCUGAUCCGUUCCAGCCCACUUCUUGGUUCCUCACCACCAGCGCCACCCUGACCACCAGCACCUUGAGCAGCCCCGAGCCAUGUCACAAGUCCCCGCUCGGAGGGAACGGGGCAGGGGGAGGGGCGGAGCACUUUGGUGUCCACAUCCUCCACAGUCCCACAAGAGCUGGGACGGCGGAGCGCCCCUCUGCUCCAGAUCCGGACUUGUUGUACUCCAAGGGGAUCAAAGCAAAAUCUGGAGGGGAGGAUGGGAUGGGGCCGAGUGGAUCUGAUGAGGUGUUCAGCGGCACGAGGUGGCCCUGCCUCCUGGAGGGUGGGGGACUCAUGGCUUCUCCAAACCAGUCUCCCAUCUGCUCCACGGUGGGCUACGCAUCCUCUCUGGAGCUCCAGCUCCAAAGGAACAUGAGCGACGACAUGAAGGAGGUGGCCAUCUCUGUAAGGAACGCCAUCCGCUCGCCAUCGGGCCCAGCGGUCCGCGACACCGCCUGCCAGACCAACGGAUUCACCACCCGAGGCACCCAGACCACCCAGACUAUCAGCGUGGGUCUGCAGACGGACCUGCUGCGGAACCUGACCAGCAGCCCCCACCGCUGCCUCACCCCAAAAGGUGGCAACACGCCCAUUUCGUCCCCGUCCCGCAGCUCGAGGAAGGUCCAGUACUCUCCGGUGGUCCAGAACAAGUUCGAGCGUCCCUGCUGCUCACCAAAGUACGGCUCCCCGAAGCUGCAGCGCAAGCCGUCCACGACCAACAAACCCGAGGUCCCCAACAACAGCCGUGCCCCCACCCCCACCACGCCUCAGAAGGGCAACAGCGAGUCAGCCUGGGCCCGCUCCACCACCACCCGGGACAGCCCCGUCCACACCACCAUCAACGACGGCCUCUCCAGCCUCUUCAACAUCAUCGACCACACGUCGGUGGUCUACGACAAGUUCAACAAGUCCCCCAGCCGCUCCCGCCCCACGCCGCCAGCCACCACCGAGCCCAGCCCCGCUCAUCACGGGGGCUUCGCCACGGACUCCAGGGUCACGCAGGACGGCCCGCGAGCCGCUCGGGGGCGCUCGCCCAGCCCCGUGCAGCUGAUAGUCGAGACUCAGGGGGACAAGAACCUCGAGGUGGUGAGCAUCCGUCAGGAUCUGUCCGCCCCUCCGGGCUACACGCUGGCUGAAAACGCAGCCCGCUUCCUGAACAAGAAGCUGCAGGAGCAGAACUUCAGGGAGGAGCGCCGGCUGCAGGCAGGAGGACAGAACGUGCACAGCAGAGACGGCGGCAGGCCGACCGACCCGGACAGAGGACAGGCUGGAUGCAUGGAGGACCUGCCUCGGUCUCCAGUGGCUCCCCCCCUGGACUCCUGCUUCCUGAGACCGGCCCGCCCGGCCAACCGACGACCCCCCUCCCGCUGGGCCGUCCGCUCCCCCUCCUCCUCCCCCAAGUGGAGCGAGGGCACCAAAAGGAGGUUCACCUUCCCGCCGCCGGCACACCGGAAGCCCAUCCUGGAGGGCGAGGAACCGGCGUGAGGCUGCCCCUCCUCCAGCUCAGCCUAAAUGUACCUCAGACCCCCCCCCCAGAACUAGACGCUCCCACA